GUUCAGAAGGUACAGAAUGCAAAGAUGGCACAGAUUCUUGCCACGCCGGGACCAAACAGCUUCCGCCCAUUUACCCGGGAGUCGCUCAAGGCCAUUGAAAAACAAAUUGCAGAGGAGAAGAGUAAAAAGCCUAAAAAAGGAGAGCAGGAGGGAAAUACUAAUGAUGAGGAUCAGCCACAACCUGACAUUGACUUGGCAGCGGGCAAGAAAUUGCCAUUUAUAUAUGGGGACAUUCCCAAUGGAAUGUCAUCCACAGCACUGGAAGACCUGGACCCAUUUUAUUGCAAUCAGAAAACCUUUAUAGUAUUGAACAGGCAGAAGACAAUCUUCCGAUUUAACGCCACUUCUGCCUUCUACUUGCUCAGUCCAUUCAACCCAAUCAGAAAAAUAGCAUAUAAAAUUUUGAUACAUUCAUUGUUCAACAUAAUAAUCAUGUGCACUAUCCUUGCAAACUGUGUGUUUAUGACUUUCACCGAACCCCCCAACGGCCGAUACUUGUUCAAGAAUAUAGAGUACACGUUUACUGCGAUAUAUACCUUUGAUUCAUUAAUAAAGAUCUUAGCCAUGGGCUUCUGUAUAGGCAAGUUUACCUUUCUCAGAGACCCAUUCAACUGGCUGGACUUCACUGUGAUUGUAAUGGCGUAUGUGACAGAGUUUAGCAGCAGUUUGGGUAAUGUCUCUGCUUUGAGGUCUUUCAGAGUUGUUCGGGCCCUGAAAACGAUAUCAGUUAUCCCAGGCCUGAAGACCAUUGUAGGAGCUCUGUUCCAGUCAGUAAAGAAACUUUCAGAUGUGAUGAUUCUGACCGUCUUUUGUUUGAGUGUAUUUGCACUGAUUGCCCUGCAGCUUUUUAUGGGAAACCUGAGGAAUAAAUGUAUAAAGAUUCCAACCAACGGCAGUAUAAAUGAAGAUGGGUUUAACCUCACAGAGUACUAUAAUAAUGCGGAAAAUUAUUAUACAAUUGAAGGGAAGAAAGAUCCCCUGCUCUGUACAGUUGGCAGUGAUUUAGGAUGUCCAGAUGGUUAUUUCUGUCACAAAGCCGGCGCCAAUCCAAAUUAUGGCUUUACCAGCUAUGAUAGCUUUGGUUGGGCUUUCCUCUCACUUUUCCGACUAAUGACUCAAGACUACUGGGAAAAUCUCUACCAACAGACUCUUCGAGCUUCAGGGAAGAUCUAUAUGAUCUUUUUUGUGCUGGUAAUAUUCCUGGGGUCGUUCUACCUGGUGAAUUUGAUCCUGGCUGUGGUGGCCAUGGCUUAUGAUGAACAGAACCAAGCCACCAUGGAAGAGGUUCAGCAAAAAGAGGAAACCUUUCAGGCUAUGAUGGAGCAGCUCAGGAGGCAGCAAGCAGAAGCCCAGGCAGCAGUUGCAGUAUUUGAGACUGGAAACCUUAGUGGGGACAGCUCCUCUUUGGCCUCCAGACUCAGUUCCAAAAGUGCCAAAGAACGGUGUAACCAGAGAAAGAAGAGGAAACAAAAAGAGGAGGAGUGGGAGAAAGGGGACAAUGAAAAGGUCCACAAUUCUGACUCAGAGAGCAACGUUAGAAGGACCAGCUUCCGAUAUUCUGUGGAUGGAAACAUACUAUCACAUGAUAGGACAUAUCCGUCUCCUCAUCAGUCACUUGUGAGCAUUCAAGGCUCAGUCUUCUCUCCGCGCCGCAACAGUAGGACUAGCAUCUUUACCUUUCGUGGCCGUCUGGGAUCCGAGAAUGGAUUUGCAGAUGAUGAGCACAGCGCGUUUGACGACACAGGCAGCCGCCGUGGCUCAUUGUUUUUUCCCCAUUGCUCUGAGCGUCUUUAUAGUACUGGCAGCAGGAACAGCCUGACCCCACGUGUUUUUCUGUCCCCUAAUGGAAAAGUGCGUUGCUCUGUGGAUUGCAAUGGCACAGUGUCAUAUGUGACAGGGAACUCCUUGCCCAACUCUCCAGACGUUCUGCAGUUACCCGAGGUGUCCAUAGAUAAAGCCACUACAGAUGACAGCAGGAAAAAAGAGGAGUACAGGAAGAGAUAUGAAGCUGAACAACUGUCACCGGGGUGUUUGAAUGAGCACACAGCCAGACAGAGGGCUCUGAGUGUAGCUAGUAUUAUCACCAAUACAAUGGAAGAGCUGGAGGAUUCGAGGCGGAAGUGCCAUCCAUGUUGGUAUAAGUUUACGAAAACAUUUCUAAUCUGGGAUUGCUUUCCGGCCUGGGUGAAAAUAAAGAGAUUAGUUCACAUGUUUGUUAUGGAUCCAUUCGUGGAUUUGUUUAUCACCAUCUGCAUUGUGAUCAAUACUAUAUUCAUGGCCAUGGAGCAUCACAACAAGGGCGACGUUUUUGUGAUCGUCCUUAGAGUGGGCAACUAUGUUUUUACAGCGAUCUUCACAGCUGAGAUGAUUUUCAAGAUUAUAGCCAUGGAUCCUUAUAAAUACUUCCAAGAAAGCUGGAAUAUAUUUGAUAGUGUCAUUGUAACCCUAAGUAUUGUAGAGCUUGGGUUGGAAAAUGUACCUGGAAUGUCAGUUCUGAGGUCAUUUCGUUUGCUUAGAGUCUUUAAGCUAGCCAAGUCUUGGCCCACUUUAAAUAUGCUGAUCAAAAUCAUUCACAACUCAGUGGGUGCUCUUGGCAACCUGACGCUCGUCUUGGCCAUCAUUGUCUUCAUCUUUGCCGUAGUAGGCAUGCAGUUGUUCGGGAAGAGUUACAACAUCAAAAAGUGUAAUAUUUCCUCAGACUGCAGUCUCCCUCGCUGGCACAUGAGCGAUUUCUUUCACUCCUUUCUGGUAGUGUUUCGCAUUCUGUGUGGUGAAUGGAUUGAGACCAUGUGGGACUGCAUGAUGGUGGCUGGACAGCCCAUGUGCCUAACCGUCUUUCUCAUGGUCAUGGUGAUUGGAAACCUUGUGGUUUUGAACCUUUUCCUGGCCUUGCUCCUAAGCUCUUUUAGUGCAGAUAACCUUGCAGCCACAAACGAUGAUGAAAUGAACAACUUGCAGAUUGCUAUGGGUCGCAUCCGCAAGGGCGUGGCAUUCGUUAAAGAACGCCUACACAGCUUCUUUCACAGCAGUUGCUUUAGAAGAAGAGAAAAAAAGGUAAAGGAGGAAGAUGAGCAAAAAAAUGGCAAGAAUCUGGGAGAUAUGUCUCCUCAUACAGAAGUGGAGCUGAUUAAAAACCCAGGAUGUGAGAAAGAGGCAUCACAUGCAGACAGUGGCUCUGACAAUUUCAUCUUCGAUCCCACUUUGACUGUUUGUGUGCCAAUAGCCACUGCAGACUCUGACCCUGAGUGCCACGACAUGGAUGGUUUAAGCAGUUGCUCUUCUGACAUGGAGGGAGAUAAAGAGAAGCUGUCAGACAGUAUGAGCUUUUCAGAGGGCAGCACAGUGGACCUCCAGCCACUGAAGGAGAGAAGAGAAUCGUUUGAUUUCGAGCUUGAAUUACCUGAGGACGAUCCAGAUCCUUGUUUUACACAAGGCUGUGUGAACAGGUUUCCUUGUUGUCAAGUGAAUGUGGAGAAAGGCAAAUGGAAGACAUGGUGGAACAUCAGGCACACCAGUUACAGGAUAGUGGAGCAUAACUGGUUCGAGUCAUUCAUCAUCUUUAUGAUCCUGCUGAGCAGUGCAGCACUGGCCUUUGAAGACAUCUAUAUUGAGAAAAGGAAGACUAUAAAAACCGUUUUGGAAUAUGCUGAUAAAGUCUUUACCUACAUCUUUAUAUUGGAGAUGCUUUUGAAAUGGCUGGCAUAUGGAUUUGCUAAAUACUUCACCAAUGCCUGGUGCUGGCUUGACUUCUUGAUAGUGGGCGUCUCUCUGAUCAGCCUAGUGGCCAGCGCCCUUAAUUAUUCAGAACUCACUGCCAUCAAAUCUCUUCGUACACUGCGAGCUUUGAGACCUCUUCGUGCUCUAUCACGUUUUGAAGGCAUGAGGGUGGUGGUCAAUGCUCUUUUUGGCGCCAUUCCCUCCAUCGUGAACGUGCUGCUUGUUUGUCUCAUCUUCUGGCUCAUCUUUAGCAUCAUGGGUGUCAACUUGUUUGCUGGAAAGUUUUAUGAGUGUGUGAAUAACACCACUGGCGUUCGCCUAAAUGGUAGCAUGGUCGUGAACAAAAGUGAAUGUGUGGGUAAAGAUGUCAGGUGGAAAAAUUUAAAGAUCAACUUUGAUAAUGUUGGAGCAGGAUAUCUGGCUUUGCUGCAAGUGGCAACUUUCAAAGGAUGGAUGGAUAUUAUGUAUGCUGCAGUAGACAACCGUGGUGUAGAUCAACAGCCUGAGUAUGAGGCAAGUCUGUACUACUACAUCUACUUUGUAAUCUUCAUCAUAUUUGGGUCCUUCUUCACACUGAACCUUUUCAUUGGCGUCAUUAUCGACAACUUCAAUCAGCAGAAGAAAAAGUUUGGAGGUCAAGACAUUUUUAUGACAGAGGAACAGAAGAAAUAUUACAACGCUAUGAAGAAACUUGGUUCGAAGAAGCCACAAAAACCAAUUCCCCGGCCAUCAAACAGGCUCCAGGCUUAUCUCUUUGAUGUUGUAACAAAUCAAGGUUUCGACAUCUUCAUCAUGGUACUCAUUUGCCUUAAUAUGGUCGCUAUGAUGGUGGAAUCGGAAGGUCAGUCACAAGAAGCACGCAAUCACCUGAAGAAGAUCAACAUGGUGUUUGUGGUCAUCUUCACAACGGAAUGUCUACUAAAGAUGAUUGCACUUCGACAGUACUUCUUCACGAAUGGCUGGAACGUCUUUGACUUUGUAGUCGUUAUUCUCUCAAUAGUUGGCACUUUUGUCUCUGAAGUCAUUAAAUACUUCUUCUCUCCAACCUUGAUCCGUGUUGUUCGACUUGCUCGGAUCGGCCGAAUUCUGCGGCUCAUCAAAAGUGCCAAGGGAAUACGUACUCUUUUGUUUGCCUUAAUGAUGUCUCUCCCAGCUCUAUUCAACAUCGGUCUUCUUCUCUUCUUGGUCAUGUUCAUCUACGCUAUUGUUGCCAUGUCACAAUUCGCCUAUGUCAAGAAGGAGGCUGGAAUUGAUGACAUGUUUAACUUUGAGACUUUUGGAAACAGCAUGUUGUGUUUGUUUCAAAUCACUACCUCUGCAGGGUGGGAUGGACUCCUUUCACCUAUUCUUAACAGGCCUCCCGAUUGUGACCCAAACAAGGAUCACCCCGGCAGCCAAGUCAAAGGUGACUGUGGUAACCCAGCUAUUGGUAUCAUCUUCUUUGUGAGCUACAUUAUAAUAUGCUUCUUGAUUGUGGUGAACAUGUAUAUAGCUGUGAUCCUUGAGAAUUUUAGUGUGGCUACAGAGGAGAGUGCGGAGCCAUUAAGUGAGGAUGACUUUGAAAUGUUUUAUGAGGUGUGGGAGAAAUUCGACCCUGACGCUACACAGUUCAUAGAAUACAACCAGUUGUCUGACUUUGCUGAUACCCUCGAUCCACCUUUGCGUAUACCUAAGCCCAACACGAUCCAGCUAAUUAAUAUGGACCUACCAGUCGUAAGUGGGGAGCGAAUCCACUGCCUGGACAUUUUGUUUGCAUUUACAAAGCGUGUUUUGGGGGAAGGUGGGAAUAUGGAUGUCCUCCGUGGGCAAAUGGAGGACCGUUUCAUGGCCUCUAACCCUUCCAAGGAAUCUUAUGAACCCAUCAUUACAACUCUGCGUCACAAGCAUGAGGACGUGUCAGCCGCCAUCAUUCAGCGGGCCUACAGGAUGCAUGUCAGGAGACAUAGUGGAAAAACUGCCUCUAACACAAGGACAACUGUACAGGAGAAUGGAAUGGUUUCAAACAAAGUCCCAGUGGUGACAGACAGGUGUAACAACCACUGUGAUUCAGACAAAUCUAAUACAUCAUCUUCUACCAUUGUCCCACCCUCAUAUGCCAGUGUAACACAAUCUAUUAAAGAAAAAUAUGAGAAAGACAAGAGGGAAAAGGAAAUAAGAGGAAAAGAUAACAGCAUCUGGUAAAAGUAAAAUCAUAAAAAAAAACAUUGUUUAUUUAAUAAUCAUGUACAGUAUAUGGAUCGAAUAUGCUCUUUUCCAAAGUGUGCUUAUAUAUGCUAUAGGGCAGAACUGUGUCUUAUUAAACUUUUCAUACUUUUUUUUUAAAUGUCUUUAAUGAUGUUAAUUUGAAGAAACAUUCUGUCUCUCGGUCUUACUAAAACGUCAGCCCCAUUUUCACUGAAAGAAAGCCAUUAACUGUGUUCUAGCAUCUUCUCAUGCGUUCUGGGACCAUCCAUAUUUUUUCUGACAUGCUUCCUGGUAUCAGUGAUGCUUUUGUCGUGUAUUACCACUGAAUCCCAAACCGUGUUGGAAAAUGAACGGACGAUUGAUUUCCAUGUCUUUCCAAAGUCAUUUGGUCUUAUCAACUACACUUCCUCCCCAUUAAGUUUGCAGACAUUGUUGUUCUUGUUAUUCGAUUAAGCCAUGCACUUUGUGUAAUUUUUCUGCUGUAAGACAACAACCAUGCUUCCAAGUUAUGCCUUCUCCUUCUGCAAAGAUUUUGAAACAUGGAUGUUGCUAGAAAUCAUGGAUCCGUUGACCUCCAGUAGUGAAUCACCUUGUUUACAAUGGACAAUUCAGGGAAUUUUAUCUUUCGAAGAU